GAUGAAGAGCUGCUGCUCCUUCCGUUGUAUUUGGCUCUGCUUCAAGGCACUAAGUGGCGGUGUCCUGCUGAUUGCAAUUGGCGUCGGCAUGACCGUCUUCGGCUUUUAUGCCGAUACCUUCGCCGUCCAGGAACAUGUCGACGAUGUGACCAACAAGACUAUGACUGUGGUCAACGAGCAGCUCAAGAUGCAUCUCCACAACCUUACUUAUGUGGGACCUGUGUUGAUGGGCCUCGGUGGCAUGAUGAUUGUGGCCGCCUGCGUUCUUAUAGAUGCGCAGGGUGAGGACGCAAAGGGGCCACGGGGCCGUAGAUCCUCCGAUACGGAGGGAACAGAACACCUCAUUACAGAGGCGACCAAAGCGGAACGUUGUAAUGGACCUGUAGGCCCAUUUAUUAAUAUUGACUUACCGCCCGCAAGGGUUCCAGAUAAAGGUGGGGGUGGCGUCUUCAAGGAAGAAGUGGUGACCGUCGCGGAAGUCGUCCAGAACCCUAUCCUACAGCCGAACGGGCCUAGACCACAGCUGCCCCUGCCGGUUGCGCGCAACGAUGCCGUCUCGCCCGCGGAGCCCCUGUCUUCGUCCAGCCUAUCUUCACCGCCGCCCCGCGUGGCCGUCCGUCACAAGAAGAGGAGACAAAACAGCCGAAGCAGCUUCUUGAGUCCUCUCUUCGAUGUGCCCUCGCCGCUGGACAUCCAGAUCUUGGACCCGGACGGCUGCACCCCGGACGCCGGGUGCACACUCGAGAUGGACGUCUUUAACAACCGAACCACUAAGUGCCCGCCGCGUCUCCAAAUGGAACCCCGGUACCUGGCGUCCAUAGAGAGCGAUGGACUCUCGGACAGUGAGACAGAGGAGUCCGAAUUUACCACGACGACUGGUAGCGUCCGAGGGAUAGGUCUGAAAGGCAAGUUCUGCUCCCCCUGCGAUGACAUCGAGGAGCAGGACAUGCCUCUGCUAGGCAGGUGUAGUCCUCCUUCCUCGCCAGAGUAUCCCAUGGAACCUUUGCUCAAACGGGAUAGGACCGGAUUGCGUAGGUUCCAACUCAUGAGACAGGUACCUAACUCACGGACGCUGUUCGAUGGGCCUUCCUCUGAAGGAGGCUCCAGAUAGAAAGUCUUUCCCCUCACCACGCCUUUUGGAUACAUUAUGCCGGUGUCUUUUCCACUUUUUUACUCAAGUUGUGGUUCAACGUCAUGAGGGAAAAUUCAGAGGAAUUUCUUCACCGAAGGAAGAAAAAGUCCUGUCCACGUUUCCUGGUUGAGCAUUUGUAGAAUAUGAUCAUCUUAUAAAGGGAGAAAAGUUCGUGACGUUCCGGAAAUAAAGAAAUAAAAAAAAAUAAAAAAUACGGAGAACUCCGUCUCUGCAAUCCAUUAGUUUUAUAAAUCAAAAGCCCCUAUUCUUCAUUCCCUUUGCAGCAUUUCUCCUCCCUUGUCCCCCAUGGAAGAGUAGUUUUUUAAGAAUGAAUUUCCCACCCAAAACCCUGAUUCUUCAUACAUGUACAGAACUUUGUUCAAUUUUUCCUUAAGAAAAAUAUGCAUUUUUAAUAUACAUAAUGUACAUAAAGUAAACAAAAAGGUUUAGGACGAAAAAAAACUGAUGCCUUAAUAUUGUGUGUCAUUUUUUCUGUUUGUCAAAUGUUUAGAAAAUGCUCUAAGCAAUGAAAUGAAGGGUAUUAAAAUUGUAUUUGAAUCUAAAUAUAAGUAAAUAUUUAUUCAUUGAACUAAAGUAUUGAGCAAAAACUGAAAACUAUAUUGUAUUGCGUUUCAAUUAAAAUGACAAAAAAAACUGUGCGUACAUUUUUUUUAACAAAUAAAAAUGAGCUGAACUGAGAACAAAAUUAAGUACAUUGCAAAAGAUGCGAAAAAAAUGUUCUUAAAAUAAAACGAGUAUACUAUAUUUUUAAAAAAUCUAAAUUUUUUAUGGUUAUUCAAAGUUUAUUCACAACAGAAUCAGAAUUAUUACACUCGACACUUCCGUAUUAUCCAGUCAAAUUUUUCUUUUAAAUAAUUGUUUUUUCAAUAAUGCAUUACUUAUAAAAUGUUUGUGUGUUCUAAAUUUUGUUUAAAAUUACAAGUCUAAUCCUAAACUAUCAUUAAGAGAAAUAGGGAAUUUAAUAUACUUCAAAACGAAAUUCGAGUAAGCAUGUAAACGAAACUUCUUAAAAAGAAAAUAUAUUAUAAUUAUUUGGGAGCGUUAAAUCUUUUCAAAAAACUUUAAUUUAAAA